AUGGAUGAUAUCGCAUUAAAUAAAUCUACUGCUGAAACUGAAACUGUAACUUUGUAUGAGGGAAAAACUUUUUCAAAUUGGAAACCGUAUGAGGCAUUUUUAUCUGAAUGGGCCAAGAAACAAGGUUUUCGAAUGAUCAAAGAUCGAGAAAAUGAUAGAAUUUGA